AUGGAUCUAAAACUUGAUGGUUCAAGAAUGACCAAUGACGAGAAAAAUGUGUAUAUACCGCCAUUACGCGAACUUCAUUUACAAAGUUUAAUCUCUCACGAUAUCAAAGGGACAAACAAAUAUGAUAUACAUGCGUUUUUGUUCAAAGCAUGGCAGCAACAGUUGACUAAAGCAAAUUGCGUCAAUGUGGAUAUUGGAUGUUCGGUGCGUGAUACUUGUUCUGUGAGCGCAGAAGAACUGGAUUAUAAACCUGCCCUUGCUACUAAUGGACUUUCAACAGAACUUUACUUGCGUCAGAUCCGCGCUUUGGAUUUGGAGAAAGAAUUUGCCAUAACAUUAUACUCUGUUCCACGACAGAUGAUCUUGAUGGUCGUCCGUGAAAUUAUUAGUUGCGAUCCUCAAUACUGCCUAAAAGUCGUAUACAAUCCCGCAUUAUUUAUAGCAAAUAGCCUCGAUAUCAACUGCCGGGAGGAAUUGAUUUAUACCUUGAGACGUUUAGUAAUGGAUUCAAUCACAGGCAGAGAUCAGGUAAAUGAGUUGCUUCGUUCAACAGCCAAACACAUCGAAUGUUGCUUGGAGUCUGGAGAAUCUGGAUAUGCAUUUGACAAAGACUUUAAUACGAAAGCUGCCGUUUGUGACAUGCUUGUGGAUCAUAUGUAUUCUUCACCUCUUUACUCUGGAAAAUUCACAAAAAAAACAUUAAAAAAUCAACAAAAAAGUCCAAUUCCAAGGACGCCAAAGGAUGCAGAUUCUCUGUACGAUGCGCGCAUCAUAGAGCACUUGCAACUUGGCAGUGAUUUUUCAUUGGAAGGAAAAAAAUGGUUUAUACAUCUUUUGGCUAUAUUUGAUUAUCUUGCAUUCGUUACAAUAUUGAACACAUGGGUCUUAUUAAUUGGACCUAUUUAUGCAGAAGCGUUUGGCACCAUGAUAGCUGAGCUCGAUGCGGAUGAUGAAGCUGCCAUCUCAAAUAUUUUGAAAUUUGUGCGCGAGGAUAAUUUGAGGAUGUUGCAACCUUCAAAACCUACGUCCCGCUUAACACGUAUAUCAAAGCGUCUACAUGAAGACAAGAUUAAAUAUACUGAAGCGAUUGAGCGCAUCUUGGCUUAUGAUGCAGCGGAACGAAUCAAAUAUGGAGACAAUAAAUUAAAUAAACAUGAAGAAGCGUUUGUUUUGAUAUGUCGCACAAUUCGUCAGAAUCUCAAUUACGACACUUCAUUCGCUCUUCGAUCGUUUAAUUCAGAGUUGUCUUUCAAAAUGAAUUCUUCUACCACUCGUCCAGUGAAAAAAGAUCUUGACGAGUAUCUUCAGUGGGCAAACGAGAGUGUAAAUAUCGGACUUCCUGGAUGUGCGUCUCUUUUAAAAUUAAUGAUACAAUAUCUUGAUCUUUUCAUGGGUACAUCGUUCAAUCCGAAACAAAUAUCGAUUUUAAUCCUUGAAAAUUAUUUGCACAUCGAGCUCUAUCAAAGUGUAAAGAGGAUAGUCAAAGUCUAUCAUAAACAAGGUCGAUUUGAAGUGAUCAAUGCAGCCGUUGAGUUAUUGAUCGAAGUUUUCUCCCAAACGUCUUUUCACGUGAGAGCGAUAUUUCGAGAUUAUAUUCUUCACGACAGGUCUUUAUCGACAUAUCCAAUUGCUUUUGACUUGAGUAAUAAUUGUGAUUUACCUUGCUUCUUUAACUUUAAAAGACCCUCAAACUUGCCAAUUACUUCACCAACCCUUGAAUUCUGGGAAAUUUGGCCACUUGAUUUUGAACAAAGAGUCACCCUCAUUUGUAACCAAUUGGUUUAUUCUUCGGAUGAACCUAAAGUUAGACUUAAACAAGAUAAUUCUAUACAACAACAGAUAAGAAACUCAUUGGUCCUGUUAUCUCUAAUAUGCCCUUACAACCUACUGCGAAGAUUAACUUGGGAAGCAGUGCAAAAUAAAGGUCAGGGACCAAUAAUCCAUCAGGCUUUGUGUGAAAUUAGAACUGUCUGUUGGACUCGCGUGGCCCAGGAAUCACCUGCGUUGCUUGUUAUGGUGUUUAGGGAGAUAUUGGCUGAGGUAGACGACGGUUUGAUUGUGCUUACGCGUCAGCACCAUAAAAAUUGGGUUUCUUUCAUCGUAUUGGCAUUGACGGGAACUAAUACUAAACUUCCUGCCGAGAUGUCAUUGUCUGAAACUGGGGAAUGGGGCAAUAUUGGUACUCUCAUUGACACCAGAGAAUACAUUACACAUUGCGUUGUUCCAUAUUUGAAAAAUUCUACAAAAAUUGGUCGAGAGGAUACCAUGAAUCUGUCGCUUUCCGUCCUUCGCACACUACUGUCUCCUGAUACAUCAAAACCACCACAAGCGGACAUGAGCUGGUCUUUAGGAUCAAAUCCUUUUAUAUUGUUGAAUAAUGUCGUGUUGUUAUUUGAUCAACGCAAGAAAGGAAUGAUUUCCAUGACAAAUUUUAAUGUCGUGUAUCCGCUGCUUAAAGAGCUGCUAAGACUUUUGACAGGAUACAUAGAGUCACCGGGAAAUGGUCACGAUCGAAAUGAAACGUACAUGUCUAAUGCCAACAAGAUUUUGAAUUUUUAUAAAAAAUCAUUGGAAUACGGAUGGACUACUCAACUUUUUUUAAGAUCAUUCAUCAAAAGUUGUGCGAACCAUUUCAGAUUCGAUGUGAACCCACCGUAUGUUCCAGCUUUGCUUUUCUCUUUCUGUGAAUUAUCUGAUCAAGAAUUUUCGGAAGUAGAGGACUCGGUGACUUAUGAUUCGGAAUUAACGAUGAACCAAUGCACUUCUUUAUUUUUGGAGGCUUGUAUGUCCUCUGCUGAUUGGUGCCACAAAUUCAGUUUGGCUCUAAGCAAUAUAAAAUCCAUCUCAAAACCAAAUCUACGUAACAUCUUUCGAUCCGUUGCCCCCCAUUCAUUCUGCAAUGUUCUUUCAAACAGUGUAGAAGAAGAGUCUGUAAAUCUAUUGGAUACAUUGAUAAAAAAUUUGAUUUCGCACGGUAUUUUAUCUGCUACUGAGCUACUGACGAUAGAUGAAGAACACAAAGAUAUUAAUAAUUCAUCGAUUAUUUCGGAACUUGGAAUUGAUGAAAGGUUAUCAUUAUGCUGCGUAAGAUAUUCUCUGACGAAAAUUUUGCCUGCAUUACAAUUUUAUUCGACAAAAAAAAUCGACGAAAAGAUCAAAGAAACUGGACUUAUGACCCAAGAAGAGGACAACUGCGAAUUCAAUCAAGGAAUUCAGGAUUUACGAGUCGUGCAAAAUAUCAUACACGUGAUAAAGACUUGCGCCCUUAAAAAUACCGACACUUUGAAUUACUUGAUCUUGCUGUUUUAUAGUACAGCCCAGGCACUUUUAAUUUUAUCCUAUUCGCCAAAAUCCGAAGAAUGUUUAUAUAUCUUUCUGUUGAAUAUUGUUGAAAUGAUUGAUAGAGUACGCACUGAAAUUCAAAAAAAUCAACAAUUUAAAUCGCAACAUAACGAAAAAAUUCAGGAUAUAUCUUACCUAGCCCAAAAUUCGGAUGAACCUGAGCCGAAAACGGACACGACAGGUAUAUCCGAGAAACUCCCAAUAGAUGAUCAGCAGAGAGACGAUCAAACAGGACCGGUUGCAUUAGCUUCUGUGGAGACGAGUGGUCAUGAUAAUUAUUCCGAAUGGCAAAAAAAAAUAAUUUUAUGUGGAAUAGAUAAAAUUAAAAGACAAAAUGGUUGGAGGGACGCC